AUGUGGGUGGCUGAAGGAAUAGUUACAUCUAUGAAUGAAGAAAAGGCAGAGGAUAUUGCAGAGCGUUACUUGGGUGAACUGAUUGAUAGGUGUAUGGUUGAAGUAGGGGCAAGGAGCCUAACUGGAAGAGUCAAAACUUGUCGACUCCAUGAUCUCAUGCGAGAUUUAUGCUUGUUAAAGGCGAAAGAGCAAUCCUUCCUUCAAGGUAUUCAUCUUGGGCAUGAGAAGGAGCCAAUAACAGUUUUUUCUUCUUCCAUGGUACCUGUAAUGCCAACGGUAACCGGUGCUACCAAGUUGCGAUUAUCUGAUUUGUGUCACCUAGAGACUUUGAGCUUGCUUGAUGCAAGAAAAUCUAAUGUAAAAGAGCUUGUCAAAUUAACUAGUCUCCGCAAAUUAGAGAUUGUUUCAUUGGAAAGCUUUGAAGAGUUGGAGGUGAUUUUCAAUUCUCCAAGUCCCAUCUUGAACAGCCUUCGGUCCUUGUCUGUGGAGAUCUUGGAUGAUAGAGUUGAAGAAGGAAAUUUGACACAAUUUCUGCAGGCUUGUCACAAUGACUUUUAUAGAUUGUCUAUAGAUGGUGCACUAAGCAAGUUACCAGAUCCCAGCAAAUUUAAGCCAAACCUAUCCAAGUUAAGAUUAUCCAGAUCUAAACUUUUGAAUGAUCCAAUGGCAACAUUGGGGAAGCUACCUCACCUAAAAGUUCUUGAACUAUGGGAUGCAUAUGAUGGAAAGAAAAUGGUUUGCAGCUGUGAAGACUUUCCUCAACUUAAUUCUCUUUUUAUUUCUGACUUUCCCAAGUUAGAGGAGUGGACGAUAAAUGAAGGAUCCUUGCCCAAUCUCUUCAAUUUAAAGAUUAGACAGUGUGAACAAAUGGAAAGAAUUCCAAAUGGAUUGAAUUUGAUCGCCACCCUCCAAAAACUAGAGAUUAUAUGGAUGCCAGAUGCAUUUGUGAACAUGAUUAAAGUUGAAGUCCAACAUGUGCAUUCCAUCUCUCUCUCUAUUGUUGAAUGA